GGGGCCUGCCGGCAGCAUGCAGAACGUCAUCAACACGGUGAAGGGGAAGGCCCUGGAGGUGGCCGAGUACCUCACUCCCGUGCUCAAGGAGUCCAAGUUCAAAGAAACAGGAGUAAUUACACCUGAAGAAUUUGUCGCAGCUGGAGAUCACUUAGUUCACCACUGUCCUACUUGGCAAUGGGCUUCAGGAGAAGAACUAAAAGUUAAGGCUUAUCUACCAACAGACAAGCAGUUUUUGGUAACUAAAAAUGUACCAUGCUACAAAAGGUGUAAGCAGAUGGAGUACUCGGAUGAGCAGGAAGCAAUUAUAGAAGAAGACGAUGGUGAUGGGGGAUGGGUAGACACAUUUCACAAUGCAGGUAUAGUGGGUGCAACAGAAGCAGUUAAAGAGAUCACACUAGACAGUAAGGAUAGUAUAAAAAUACCGGAAUGUUCAGUGUCUUGUGAAGAUGAUGAUGAGGAAGAUGAAGGAGAAGCUGCAGACAUGGAAGAGUAUGAAGAAAGUGGGCUAUUGGAGACAGAUGAUGCAACGCUUGACACAAGACAGAUGGUAGAAGCUAACAAAGCUAAAGUUGAUGUUGGAGGGGAGGAUGCUAUUCUACAGACUAGAACUUACGACCUCUACAUCACUUAUGACAAAUAUUAUCAGACUCCAAGGCUCUGGUUAUUUGGAUAUGAUGAGCAACGGCAGCCUUUAACAGUAGAACAUAUGUAUGAAGAUAUUAGUCAAGAUCAUGUCAAGAAAACAGUGACCAUUGAAAACCAUCCUCAUCUUCCCCCACCACCCAUGUGCUCAGUUCAUCCAUGCAGGCAUGCAGAAGUCAUGAAGAAAAUAAUUGAGACUGUUGCAGAAGGUGGAGGAGAACUUGGAGUUCACAUGUACCUUCUUAUUUUCUUGAAAUUUGUACAGGCGGUCAUUCCAACAAUAGAAUAUGACUACACGAGGCACUUUACAAUGUAACUAAGAGAAUGUCUUCCUCCAAUUAUCAGAACUUUUUUUUUUUUUAAUAACCCAUCCAUGUGACUUAUACAACAGUAUACACAAUUUCUGUAACUAACCUUUCAUCAAGUUGAUGCAUUAAAAUAAAAUG